AUGAUACCGCGCGUCCCUCGCCUGAGUAGUCUGUGGGUACGCGGGACUUCCGCUUCGUCUGCUGGCGCGACUCCAGCAGUCGGGGAUGUGGGCAGGCCGUGGCCCUCGGAGUCGCAGACGGCUCGGACUUCCGUUCAGACCUCCCGGGUCUGGCGCGGAGGAGUCGGUUCGGCGCGCGCUGGGAGCCUAUUGGCUGGCGCGGUUCGGAUCACCGCCUGGAUUGGCCGGAGCCACGCCCCUUGGAGUGCGUCCGGGAGCUGGGUGCGGGAGACCGCGCGGGAGGCGAUCAUGAAGAAACCACGAGCAGCUGUGGGAAGCCGUUGCAGGAAACGGGCAUCCAGCCAGGAGGGAAGGGAGAAGUGUGCCCGCAGCAGCGCCCAGGCCAAGCCUUCUGCCCCAAAUGCAGGCCUGGCCAGGCGGCAGGAGGAGGUGGAAUUGCAGGCCUCCGUCUCCCCGUACCAUCUAUUCAGAGACACAGCUGAGGUCACAGUCUUCCGGGAGAGUCUGCUGAGCUGGUACGACCGAGAGAAGCGGGAUCUACCCUGGAGAAGGCAGGCAGAGGGUGAAGUGGACCCGGACAGGCGGGCAUAUGCUGUGUGGGUCUCAGAGGUCAUGCUGCAGCAGACCCAGGUUGCCACGGUGAUCAACUAUUAUACCCGAUGGAUGCAGAAGUGGCCAACACUGCAGGACCUGGCCAGUGCUUCCCUGGAGGAGGUGAACCAGCUCUGGGCUGGCCUGGGCUACUAUUCUCGAGGCCGGCGGCUGCUGCAGGGAGCCCGGAAGGUGGUAGAGGAGCUAGGGGGCCACAUGCCACGUACAGCAGAGACCCUCCAGCAGCUCCUGCCUGGUGUGGGGCGGUACACAGCUGGAGCCAUUGCUUCCAUUGCCUUUGGCCAGGCAACCGGUGUGGUGGAUGGAAAUGUAGUACGGGUGCUCUGCCGUGUCCGAGCCAUUGGUGCUGAUCCCAGCAGCACCCUUGUCUCCCAGCAGCUCUGGAGCCUAGCCCAGCAGCUGGUAGACCCGACCCGGCCAGGGGACUUUAACCAAGCAGCCAUGGAUCUGGGGGCCACAGUGUGCACCCCACAGCGCCCACUCUGCAGCCAGUGCCCACUGCAGAGCCUGUGCCGGGCACGCCAGAGAGUGGAGCGGGAGCAGCUGUCAGCCUCACAGAGCCUGCCAGGCAGUGCUGAUGUAGAGGAGUGUGCUCCCAACACUGGACAGUGCCAGCUGUGCACGCCUCCCACAGAGCCCUGGGACCAGAGCCUGGGCGUGGCCAACUUUCCCAGAAAGGCCAGCCGCAAGUCCCUCAGGGAGGAGUGCUCUGCCACCUGUGUUCUGGAGCAGCCCAGGGCCCUUGGGGGUGCCCGAAUUCUGCUGGUACAGAGGCCAAACUCAGGUCUGCUGGCAGGACUGUGGGAGUUCCCAUCCGUGACCAUGGAGCCCUCAGAGCAGUGUCAGGGCAAGGCCUUGCUGCAGGAACUGCAGAAUUGGGCUGGGCCACUCCCAGCCACCCGCCUCCAGCACCUGGGGCAGGUGGUCCACAUCUUCUCUCACAUCAAGCUGAUAUAUCAAGUAUAUGGUCUGGCCCUGGAAGGACAGACCCCGGUGACCGACACACCACCUGGCGCUCGCUGGCUGACCCGGGAGGAGUUUCACACCGCAGCUGUCUCCACGGCCAUGAAAAAGGUGUUCCGCGUAUACGAGGGCCAGCGGCCAGGGACCUGUAAGGGUUCCAGAAGAGCCACCCCGUCUAGCCGGAAAAAGCCCAGCCCAGGCCAGCAAGUCCUGGAUAGUUUGUUUCGGCCCCACAUCCGCACUGAUACACCCAGCCUCAAGAUUGCAGCCCAGUGACGCCUCUGGAAGACCCUGCCCCCUGAGAAUCCUGUUUUUUAAUAAAGUGCUUACUUUUGUA